GCAGUGCAGUGCCACAGGAGCCAUUGGCGCCUGUGUACACCUUGGGUCUUUGUCCCAGACGUGGCGUAAGGUUAAAAUGAUAUUAUCACAAAGGAUCUUGAUGCGAUAACGCUGCGCUCUGAUGCCACGGUGCAAGUAUGAUAUCAGCGGGCGUAUCCAGUUAUGGGGAGGUAGAUAUAACGAGAGUGCGAGUGGUUCGGUGGGAGGGUCUUUAUUUUGGUUAGCUAGGUAGAAAACAGAAACACAGUUUCUGUCUGUGCCAGCCCUUUCAUACUCAGGGCACCGCGCGGAUCAAGUAUUUCGCUAUCACACCACACUUGCGUGCGCGGAGGCGUAGAGUCUGGGUUGCAGACAAUAACAGUGAAAUCGAAUGUGGAUUGCUUAUAUUUCUGCGAUACCAGGAGAUGAAUCCCCCGGGGACAGUGACUCGGCAGUGACAUCACACCGAAGCCGUGAGAGCAGCAGAGGGACGACGCCGGCCAGCGUCGCGGCGAUCACAAUCUCCCCAUCUGUCACCUGACUCAUGUCGUCCUGCCGAGCGGCCGUUGGCUACUAGCGGCCAGCUGAUUUGUGCCAGGGGAACUACAACCUCAAGCAGCUGGUGACCUUUGUGAAUUUGCCGCAUAAAAAGGACAGGCCUCCUCCCCCCCCCCCCCUCAAAACAUGGAGACUCUGUCUCAGGACUCGAUCUUGGUAUGCCAGAUCUGUUUCAACUACUACAGCCCCAGGAGGAGGCCCAAGCUGCUGGACUGCAGACACACCUGCUGCUCUGUGUGCCUGACCCAGAUGAGGAACAGCCAGAAGGAGAUCCGCUGCCCGUGGUGCCGCGGGGUCACCAGGCUCCCCGCCGGCCUCUCCGUCUCCCAGCUCCCGGACGACCCCGACAUCAUCACCGUCAUCGCCAUCCCGCACGCCUCCGAGCACACGCCCGUCUUCAUCCGCCUCCCCAGCAACGGCUGCUACAUGCUGCCCCUCCCCCUCGCCAAGGAGAGGGCGCUGGGUCUCCCGGGCGACCUCGGCUGCCGCUUCCUCCCCGGAGCCGGAGUCGGGCAGAAGGGCAUGGCGAUGGUGGCAGUGCCCGAGCAGCAGCCCCUGUCCCUGGGCAUGGACCUGGACGGGGUGGGGGUGGGGCUGGGGCUGGAGGUCGGAGAGGGCGAGCGGCGGGCGGCGGCGGGGGGCGUGGGCGGGGGGAAGGGCUCCACGUGGUCGGGCGUGUGCACGGUGAUCCUGGUGGCGUGCGUGCUGCUCUUCCUGCUGGGGAUCGUGCUGCACAACAUGUCCUGCAUCUCCAAGCGCUUCACGGUCAUCUCCUGCGGCUGAGCGCCACCGCCACGGCCAAGCCCCUGACCUCCACCCCCCCCCCCCCCACCCCCUCCUCCACCCACCCCACCUCUCCACCCACCCCACCUCCCCAUCCCAACAAAGACUCCCCCAGCAGUCCGCCCCUCCUCCUUGG